ACCAAAAUAGUCGCCCAACAGAGCGAGCCAUGGACGCCGCCGCGGCCGAUCUCGAGGCGCGGCAGCUGCGCAUCCUUCGCCGCGUCGCGGACCUGGAGGUCGCCGCGCAGCAGCACCGCCUUGGGGCGCUCUCCAUCUCCCAGGAGCCCUCGUGGGGCGAGGCGGAGGAGACGAGCGCCACCGAGGCGCGGCUCUCCGCCAUCCUGACCGCGCGCGGCGUGCUCGACUUCACCUUCCGGCGCGUGCCCGCCGACUACUACGACCGCCCCCUCGAGGAGCGCCGGGACCUCCUCCGCGCCGACUCAGUCGACCAACUCUGCAAGAGCAUCGUCAUGGUAAAUACGCAAGCUGCUGAAGAUGUUAUUGAUUGCAGCAAUCCAAAGAAUUCAAAAUAUUAUGUUGUUGUUGUUCAAUACAUGGCACGGCUUAAUGCUGACAGCAUCAAGAAUUUCAUCUAUGCCCUAAAUGAGAAGCAGAUACCCAAAAAAAGAUUCAACAUGAGACUAGCACCAGAAGAGGAGUCGCAAAAGCUUACUGGAUUUGUGCACAAUGCUGUUACGUGCAUUGGAAUGGAAACAGACAUACCGGUUAUCGUUGAUGAAGCUAUCACCAAGUUAGAUAAGGAUUUCUUCUGGCUGGGAGGCGGGGAAGUUGACCUGAAGCUUGGGAUACGGACCUCGCAGUUCCUAAAGGCAUUCCAACCAUUUGUGGUGAGGUGUAGUUAAUUAUAUAUAUACAACGGAAGAGAAGUUCUGGAUCCAUGUGGUUUUACCAUCUUGAUAAACACAUCACCAGGGAGGUAAACCGAUAGGAUUUUGCUUGGAUCUGGGGUUGGGAUGUCUGUUUUUUUUAUAGCAGGCGUUUCUCUUCCAGUUGCACUUCUCACAUUUGUUACACUACUUUUGUAAGAUUGAUGCAGCAAAGGGGACAUUCUUGGGACGAUUGACAUAAUUGCCACAAGUGGGCAUGUACUAUAACCUUUGUACUUCGUGCCCUAAACAUACAAGGAUUUCUCUUGAUUUUGUUUCUAACAAGACGCCUGGCCACAAAACCCAAGCUUGUUUUUGCCCUUCUGUAUUUUCUUUCUU